AUGGCCUCAGUCACCAUUCCCGUACCACUUCUGUCCCCCGAGUCCCCUGCGCGGCGCACAGGCCCGCGCCCAGAGUCCUGGACCAUCCCGCCUGUUGACGUCAAUGAAGAUUUUGUGAGGAAGCUGGCGAUCUUGAUCCUCAGCCUGGUCGACCCCUUCGAUGCCUUCUACAUCAGAUGGACCCCUGACCACGUCCGAGCCAUCCUGUGCGCAGACAACGAGAUCGUGCCCUGGCUCACAUGGAUCAACCGAGCAUCCUACCAGAGCACCACUCCACUUCCAAGAGUGCCUAAAAACCUCGAUCGGCUCAUCUUUACCCUCCUUCCCUCCGCGCGAAUCACCGCCACCACCAGCACCUUCAACAGCUCCUGGAAGAUUGCCGAAACCAUGACCCUGAUUGGCCUGCCCACGCCCAAGGAGAAAGUUCUUGCCCUGCAACACUGCCUCCGAAAUGCCCUCGAUUACAAGAAGCUGCCGAGGUGCCGAGAUCCGCUGCCCCGCAGCAUCCUGGGCGUGUCUGGUCUCCAUCGCCGGAUGACCACCCUCGAGGAGCAGAUCGGACAACCCUCUCUCGAUACCCGAUUCACCGUGGUGCUCGCCCUGAGCCAGGACCAUGCGUGGCCCCAGACGGUCAAGACCCUUGCCGUCACGGGAGAGCUGGACCACCUGCAGAUGGCUGCCUUGCAGCAACUGCACACUGUCCGCUCGCCAGUCCUGGCCGUGGCGCUGGUCGUGGUGGUGCUCCUCACACCUCCGUUCCAAACCAAGCUGGAGGUCCCGCACCCGGGCUUCCCUUUCGAGGCUGAGCUGAGGGACACAUUCUACCUUGGGCUGAACGCCCUGCAGGCGCAGCAUGGGCUGGGCCAUUUCGCGCAGAGCCUGACUCCGGCCAUGACAAACCUGCCCGACGCCCAGCUGAGCGACAUGGGCCAAUGGCAUCAAUACUGGAACACCACCUUCCCGUACAUCUGCCCGCCGCCGCAGGUACAGGAUAACAACAGUGACAAACAAAGCGAGAAGACCUCCCGGAGUUCGGGACGUUCCAUCCAGUCCACCAGCCGACGUGGUCUGCUCAACCACAAGAUUUCUCUCCCUUCCCUGCACCAGAAGCUGUCGAUUCCGUCCCUUCGGCCUUUCAUGUCUCACAACCGCUCCAAGACCAAGCUGCCAUUCGUGCCGAAAUGA